GUAUUCCACAGAUGUCGCUGUUGACGUUGGUUUUUGCAGUGCAACGAGAAGUAUUUUAACCUUGGGAAGGUUUAGAAGGUGACUGAAGUGACAUUAACAUUCUUACAAGCCUUGCUAGCCGACAGACUCACGUUCUGUACGAUUGGUGUAACACGAUGUCACUUGCACGUCAAAAUUAUCACGUAGAAUGCGAAGCUGCUGUGAACAAGCAGAUAAAUUUGGAAUUUUAUGCAUCUUACGUGUAUGAUAGCAUGAGCGCAUAUUUUGACAGGGAUGAUGUCGCCCUGCCGGGAUUCAGCGCAUUUUUCAGGCACCAAGCCGACGAAGAACGGGAACACGCGUUUAUGUUCAUCAAGUUUCAGAACACUCGUGGAGGUCGCGUGGUCCUGCAGCCCAUCCCUAAGCCAAGCAAAGAUGAGUGGGGCAGCGGACUGGAUGCCAUGAAGUCUGCUCUGGAGAUAGAGAAAGAAACUAACCAAGCCCUCCUUGACCUACACAAAAUGGCAAGCAAGCACCAUGAUACUCAGAUGGGAGAUUUCAUUGAAGAGACACAACUGACUAUGAUGGUUGAGGAGAUCAAGCAUAUAUCAGACUACAUCACCACUCUACAGAAAGUUGGGCCAGGUCUGGGAGAAUGGCUUUUUGACAAGGAACACCUGCAGCAUGAGUACAUGAAAAAUGGGUGUGGUGAGAAAAAGCCAGCAGCUGAAGGAGAUGCAAAGUUGACAUAAGAACUUGCACAAAGAAAAAAUAGUGAUAGAUGCACACAAAAUAUACUAGUAUGAGCCUGUCUGAUUCACGGAUGUUAUUAAUGUAAGAUGGAUAGGAGUAAACACAAAGAAUUUCACCAUCAAUGAAUGUAUUAUCCAUUGUGCAUUAGUUUCAUCUCAUUGUAAGUACAUAUGAAUCAUGAGUGAGGGUAUUUGUGUAACUUUAGAGCUUUUUAUGUAAUAGUAUUCUUUCUUAUUGUUGUAUCAAUAACUUUCAGUUUCUAAAGUUUUAUUUGCUCUACUUUAAUUUUUUGUUUUUAGAAAUUAGAAUUUUAUCACUUUUUAUUCUGGAUUUUGAACACAAUGUAUUAGAUAAUUAUGACAAAAUCAGAAAGCUGUGAUGUCUAUAGAAUCUCUGACAGACCUAUUUUAAAAAUCUACAUGAAAGUUGAUUAAAGUUAUGGCAGUUAAUUAACAUUGAAGGUCAACUUUCUCUGAUCUCCCAUUCACAAAAAUCUCUGGGUUGAACUGGGUAUCCUGCUUUAAGCUCAAAACAAGAAAUGUUAUUUUUUUGUUAUUAAACAAUCAGAACAGGAAAUGUACUAUCUGAUGUCUACAGGUGGACGGAUCAUUCUAGGGCCUCUUAUGGCACCCAAGAAUUUUAAUUACCAUGCUAAACAUAGUCCAUCUGGUGACAUCCGGAAGACUGUUUCAUAUAUUAUUCUGUGGUGUAACUACAUGAGUGCAAACAUGAAAGGAAUGGUCUUACUUCCUGUGUGAAGCUGAUUUUUCCAAAGAACUAAAAAUUGAUGUCAGUCAAAUAAAAAAUACUCAUUGAUGUAUAUAAAGCCUGGUUUUGUAAGACAA